UUUUUUACGUUGGGAGUGACCUCUCCAGAGAUAAGAGAUACCAACCAAAAUCAUUUUGUUUGCUAAAAUUUUUUUUCUUCAACAUCUUGUUCUUCUUUCAUGUUAAAUCUUAUUAUAGGAUUGUAGAAAAACUAUGAAAAGAACCAAAAUUUUUUCUCUCUCUUUCUAAUAUUGAUAGCUAAAAAAAAGUUCAACAGUUAUAUUUAACAAUACAUUUUUCAUCCUAUGUCUUUAAAAUGUCAGCAUUUUAGCUACAGAAGCUUUCUCCAAGUUCCUCCUUUUUUGUUAAAAACAAUUUCUUCAACUAUCUGCUUCUUCUCAUUACCGACAUGUCUGCUAAAUCCAAAUCCAGUUUAUCUGAUACUCCUAGCAAGGUUUCACCAGCAACACCUAGAGUGGCAAGUAAAGUAAGCAGGGGACUACCUAAAUCAGAACCUGGUUCACCCUCUCCCUUGCUGACUACUCGCCAUUCAGCUGACCGUUCCCUGAGAUCAUCUCUUAACUCGAAGCCUGCAAUUGAUCGUAGAUCACCAAAGGUUGCCACCAGGAGUGAAAAACCACAAACACGGGUGGGUAAGGGAUUAGAAUUGCAGGCUCAAUUGAACUCAGUGCAGGAGGAUUUAAAGAAAGCUAAGGAGCAAAUAUUGUUGAUUGAGAAGGAGAAGGCACGAGCAAUUGAUGAACUGAAAGAAGUGCAGAAAGUAGCUGAAGAAGCAAAUGAAAAGCUUACGGAGGCCUUGGUUGCACAAAAGCGAGCUGAAGAGAGCUCUGAGAUUGAGAAGUUCCGGGCUGUUGAGUUGGAACAGGCAGGAAUUGAAGCUGCUCAGAAGAAAGAUGAACAAUGGCAGAAAGAAAUUGAAUCUGUGAGGAACCAGCAUGCUUUGGAUGUGGCUGCUCUUCUCUCUACCACUCAGGAGCUUCAAAGGGUGAAGCAGGAACUGGCCUUGACUUGUGAUGCGAAGAACCAAGCAUUGAACCAUGCUGAUGAUGCAACCAAGAUUGCUGAAAUCCAUGCUGAGAAGGUGGAGAUUCUUUCAGCUGAAUUAGUCCGGUUGAAGUCCUUGCUUGAUUCAAAGCUUGAAAGAGAGGCUAAUGAAAGGAACGAAAUGGUGUUGAAGCUUAUGGCAGAGAUAGAGUCUUUGAAACAAGAACUUGAGAAAGCUAAGGCCUAUGAGGAGAAGUUGAUGGAAAAGGAGGCUUUCAUUGAACAACUUAACAUUGAUCUAGAAGCUGCGAGAAUGGUUGAAUCUUAUGCACGCAAUGUAGUAGAGGAAUGGAAAAAUAGGGUUGAAGAAUUAGAAAUUUGGAAUGAGGAAGCAAAGAAGUUGGAAAGAUCUGCAUCAGAAUCUCUGGACUCAGUCAUGAAGCAAUUAGAGAGCAACAAUUAUUCAUUGCAUGAGGCAGAAUCUGAAAUUGCUACGCUUAAAGAGAAGGUGGGAUUAUUGGAAAUGACAAUUGGUAGACAAAGAGGGGAUCUUGAGGAAUCAGAACUUCGCAUUAAUAUGGCUAGGGAUGAAACUGCAGAAAUGGCAAAAUUGGUUGAGUCUCUAAAGUCUGAGUUAGAAACAGUGAAAGAAGAAAAGACCCAAGCUUUAAAUAAUGAGAAGGUUGCGGCUUCCAGUGUUCAAACUCUUUUGGAAGAGAAACACAAACUUAUUAAUGAGUUGGAAAAUUCUAGGGUUGAGGAAGAGAAGAGCAAGAAAGCAAUGGAAAGCUUAGCUUCAGCCUUACAUGAAGUUUCUGCUGAAGCUAGGGAGGCUAAGGAGAAGCUUUUAUCCAGCGAAUCCAAGCAUGAAAAUUAUGAGACCCAGUUAGAUGAUCUAAGAUUGGUCCUGAAAGCAACAAAUGAGAAGUAUGAAACCAAGCUUGAUGAUGCAAAAAAUGAGAUUGAUCUUCUUACGAAUACCAUUGAACAGUCCAGGAAAGAAUACCAGAAUUCCAAAACUGAGUGGGAGCAAAAAGAACUGCAUUUAGUAGAUUCUGUAAAAAAAUCGGAAGAAGAAAAUGCUUCUCUUGAAAAAGAAAUUAAUGGGCUGGUAACUUUGCUUAAACAAUCUGAGGAAGAAGCUUCUGCAUCUAAGGAGGAAGAAGCUCAGUUGAAGGAGAGCCUAAAGGAAGUUGAAUCUGAGGUGAUUUAUCUGCAAGAAGCUCUAAAGGAGGUCAAGAUUGAGAGCAUGAAAUUGAAGGAGAGUUUGUUGGAUAAAGAAACUGAAAUUGAACAGUCCAGGAAUGAAUACCAGAAUUCCAAAACUGAGUGGGAACAAAAAAAACGGCAUUUAGUAGAUUGUGUAAUAAAAUCGGAAGAAGAAAAUGCUUCUCUGGAAAAAGAAAUUAAUAGGUUGGUAAAUUUGCUUAAACAAUCCGAGGAAGAAGCUUCUGCAUCUAAGGAGGAAGAAGUUCAGUUGAAGGAGAGCUUAAAGGAAGUUGAAUCUGAGGUGAUUUGUCUGCAAGAAGAUCUGAAAGAGGUCAAGAUUGAGAGCAUGAAAUUGAAGGAGUCUUUGUUGGAUAAAGAAACUGAAUUGCAGAGUGUCAUUCAAGAAAACGAGGAACUCCAAGCUAGGGAAGCUGCUUCUCUUAAGAAAGUUGAGGAGUUGUCUAAGUUGUUAGAAGAAGCUACAAUCAAAAAGCAAAGUGAUGAAAAUGGUGAGCUAACUGACAGUGAGAAGGACUAUGAUUUGCUGCCUAAGGUGGUUGAAUUCUCAGAAGAAAAUGGACAUGGAAGUGAAGAGAAGCCCGAGUUAGAGAUCCCAUUGGAGCAGCCCGACAAGCACAAAAGAGAAAAUUCUCUGGAGGUAAAUGAUGGCUCAAAAGAUGAGGCUCUUCAAGCAGAUACUGCCAAAAUGGGGAAUGUGAAUGGAAAAGUGAAGGAAGAUGAGAAAGAAAAAGAGGAUGAUUCAGUUGAAGUUGAAUUUAAGAUGUGGGAGAGCUGCAAAAUUGAAAAGAAAGAAUUCUCACCAGAUAGAGAACCUGAGCGAGAAUCCUUUGAGGAAGAAGUGGAGUCAAAGGUGGAUGGCAAUGAGGGCUUUGAUCAGAUAAAUGGUUCGACAGUAAACAUCGAUGAUGGUGGAAACUCACCAUCAAAGCAGCAGCAACACAAAAAGAAGAAACCCUUACUCCGUAAAUUUGGGAGCCUACUGAAGAAGAAAGGAAGUAGCAACCAGAAGUAGAUAAUGAAAUCAGCCACGGCAUGACUUAGCCUACUAGUAGGCAGGUAUAUUGGAUAAUAUCUUGCAGCUGAAUGUGUUUUGCUUCAUUUGUUUUUGCUUAAUGUUCUCAAUAGGUUUUGAAACUGAAGAGGCUUGUAUCAUGUUUAGUUUCUUAAUUUUUUUUUCCUCUUUUAAAAAUUUUUAAAUUUGAUUCACCAUUUUGGAUAGUAUGUUGUAUGUGAUGGAGACAAAUUUUUUUUUUUGUUUUGCUUGUUCUUCUUAUCUAAAAGUCAUGAAAAGGGUUUGUCUUGAAUUGUAUUUCAAUGUGCUUUCUCUAUGUUUUAC